AUGCCGCAGCCGCACGGUCGUGAGAGGACGUUCCCUCCCCUUCACAACGUCCUGAGGAUGCUUCUCUCCCCUGGUACACACUUCAAGCCUGGUCAUGGCGACAAUGACUUCACUGAGGAGGCAGACGAGCCGCCGGACCAACGUAUCGAUGACGGUGUCGUCUAUAUCAAAUCACCUACGGUCCUACGUGAUCCUAAGGAGUCCCUUCUUACUCGUGCUUUGAAGAGUAAUAGCCCUGAACUGAGCCCUUCCGAACAACCUUACUCUCCCACCGAUAACAUCUUUCAAUACCGUUCUUCCUACCCUCAAAGCCACGCCGGUGUCCCAACUGCUGACCUGACGAGCGACGGUGGCCCUCCCUCCCUAUCCAACUCACCUAGUCCUCCAUUCGCCUCUCAGUUCACCCGUCAUCUCUCUCCUACUCAGAAGCCAGCGUCUCCGAAGGUCAAAACGGCGGAUCGUGGCGAGUCACAAGUUGAAGCGAACCUCGGAAGGAAGCGCUGUAUAAGCUUUGCGUGUGGUGCCCAGUCGAAAGAGCCCCAACCGGCUGCCGAUACCAACACUCGGACCGAGACCGCGCCGCCUGAGUCCCCGAAGAGACAGAGGACCAUCUCGUUCGCAUGUUGCCCAGUCAGGGAACCAGGGACUCGCAGGGAACGCUCUCCUUCCCGAAGAGCCUCUUUCAAGUCACGCCCACGUGGAUCCCCGGCUCCUUUCGCUCGCAAGGCUUCACUGGAACAGAAUGGCAUUCCCUCCACACAAGCCUCCAAAGACCAACCAGAGAAGAUGACUUCACUGGCUGAGAGACGCGGAAUCCAAAUGACCGGUCUAGGCAAGUUUGAGGCGUCUGAGCAGACACGUUUCCACGAGUUUGCCUGUUCUGUCGAUGAAGACCCCGAAUGGGUCACGAAUGAGCCCGAACAUACUGACAAGAUCACCUUGAAUGACUGUCUCAAAAAGGAAAACGCCAUACGAAGACUUGCGGAGGAAGCUGAGGAGGAGGCCAGAGAGGAUGAAGAGGAGGAAGAUGAAGAUGAAGAUGCCGAUGACCUGGACGAUGACGAUUCAACCGACUAUGAUGUCUCUGAUGACGAGGGCAAUGAGUCCGACAAUGAGGCUGGAUUUGCCGAAUCUGAUGACGAGAGCGAAAAGGGAUCGGAUUCUGAACUAUGGGUUCCGUCAAAUACGGCUACUUCCUCUUGCAAUCUCAAUGUCUUCCAUCGCCCUGAUGUCGACCGCAGCCGCCGGGAUUCGUACACGUCCGCUGACUCCGCAAACGAAGCUCAACCCUUCUGGCCGUCGACUCAUCGUGGGCGCAACCCCCAUCGCACCAAAUCGAAUAAAAUGCGUCCCGGGACACCCAAGCUUCCUGAUAGCACCGAUUUCGUUUGUGGAACGUUAGACGAGGACCGUCCUCUCGAGGCCGCGUACAAAUCCUGCUUAGAGCAGCGUCGCCUUUCCAAGCAGAUUCCCAUUCCUCAGGACAUCGACCCUAGCUUCCCCGCCUCAGAUCCAGAGGAAGAGGAUUCUUCCAAUGCAUUCUCUGAUGAUGAGGCCGAGGAGGGAUUCAAUGACGAUAUCUCGCGAGGGAGGCAUGAGCAGGCUCGCAAGGCUUCUCCACUUCGUUCUCCAAAGCGACUGCAUUCCCCGCCACCUCGCCGUCACGGUCGGUCGUCACCCAAACGCCUUAGAUCCCCGCCACCACCGAAAGGGAAGUCUCCUCCACCGGCGAUUGGCGACCGGGCUUUGAAGGACGAAGUUCCUUCGCAGCCUCACGUAGGUUUCAACAUCAGCGGGUUGGUCCAGCGGCCGAUAGGAAUGGCCAGGACCAAGUCACUGCCCAGGACCCCCAAUCCCUUCUUCAGCGGUAUGGAUAGCUCGCGUCGGUGGUCAUACUUCCCUCCACUGGAAGAGUACCCGUCCCGGGAGCAGUCGCGUACUCGGGAGGUUCACACCAGAGGACCCGUCGACAUUGUUGAGGGCCUAGAAAGAAAGCGUCAGAAACGGAAGGAGAAAUUCUGGCGUCAACACUGCCGCAAAAUCGCGAAAGAAGAGAUGGAGCGGCGACCUGUUCCUGGAAAAGGAGCUGAACGAAUGAAAGAGCUUGGCCUGGAAGCUGCUGAGAGAUGCAGAGCUUACGGCGUUAGCCAGGACGCUCAACUGGUCAUAUCUGUUUAG